AUGUCCGACAUGCCCGGUGAAUCAAAGCUCGACGCGCGGUUGGGCAGCCUCUUAUCUGCUCGCCAGAAGAAGGGGAGGUUUCGCUCCCUUAAAGAGUAUGACACCUCGGCCUCGUCACGCCUCACCGACUUUUCGUCCAACGACUACCUCGGACUGACUACCGAUGCGUCCCUGCGCGCGGCCUACAUCGCGCGUCUCGAGGCCACUGAGACUGUCCUCGGCUCGACGGGCAGCCGCCUGCUGAGCGGGGGCACAUGCGCCCACCGCGCGCUAGAGACGCGUCUUGCCGAGCACUUCGCGGCUCCAGCCGGCCUUCUUUUCAACAGCGGGUGGGACGCCAACGUCUCCUUCUUCAGCACGGUUCCGCAGCCCGGGGACGCUGUGAUCUACGAUGAACUAAUCCACGCGUCGGUGCACGACGGGAUGCGGGGAAGUCGCGUGCUGGCCUCACGCCGCGUGCCCUUCGCGCACAACGAUCCAGCCGCCCUCACGGCGGUCCUGCAAACCCUCGACGUUGCGCCGGGUGCAACCGUCUUCCUCGCAAUGGAGAGCCUCUACUCGAUGGACGGGGACUUUGCGCCCCUACCCGCCCUGCUCGACGUGUUCGACGCCUUCGUCCCGCGUGAACAGCAGUGUGUCGUCGUCGACGAAGCGCACACCACAGGCGUGUACGGUUCGCGCGGCCGCGGCAUCGUGCACGCGCUAGAUGAAGGCAACCGGGUCACAGUCCGCCUCAUGACGUUCGGCAAGGGCGCCGGCGCGUCCGGCGCCGUCCUUCUCUGCUCACCCAUCCUCCGCAGCUUUCUCAUCAACUUCGCGCGUCCGUUCAUCUUCUCCACUGCGAUGCCGCUCAGCACCGUAGUAGCCCUCGAGGCCGUCUGGGACUUGCUGGCCUCACGCCACGGCGACGCGAAACGCGCGGACCUCACCCGAGUCAUCGCCAACCUCCAUACGCACUUGGCGCCGCUGCUGGCGCGCACCCCGUCCUCGCUCCUCCGCCUGCCAGACCCAACGCCCGUUCCCUUCCCCGGCGCGACGGGACUUGAUCCCUCCCCGCCCGCGCCCAUUGUCGGCCUCCUCACCCCCACGCCCCACGCCCUGUCCGCGUACCUCCUCGAGCGUGGGUUCAUUGUGCGCCCCGUCGUGCCCCCGACUGUUCCACCGGGUAGGGAGAGGGUACGCAUCUGCCUCCGCGCCGGAGUCAGCGACGCGCGCGUUGCCGAGCUCGUCGGCGCCAUUGGCGAGUGGGCCGAGCUGCAGCAAAAUGAAAAGGCCCGGUUGUAGGGCCAGAAUGUGAUUAGAAACAGAAGAGCUGGAAGAACUACAGGUGUAACAUUUUGUAUGGAAAUGUGAGACAUCAUGACAAGCGUG